ACACUUGAGGAUAGUCAUACGCUAUCGAGCUGUUUGCGGUAGUACAGCAUGUAAUUAUAUGCCUUAUCUGUUUCGUAAAAUAUUCGAAAGUGUUAUGUGGAAACAAAUAUAAAUUGUUUAUAAAUAAUUCGUGCUCUUUAAUUUAUUUUGGUGAUUAUAUUAAAAAUGUAGUGCGUGUAAUGUGUUUUUGGUUAUAUCGACAAGUGAGUCUGGUGAUCGCAUCUAUGAGUGAGACUUUUUCGACAUCAAAAAGAUGGUUAUUAAUAAAUAUACAAAAUAUAUCAUCUGCUGGGUUAUCUUGAGCGUCACUUUGUGCUCCCUUUUGUAUAAUUUCUCGCACUACUGUUUGCAGAAUACACAGGAGAACUGCGUCCGUACACAGAGACCUUUGAAAUACAUUUUAAUAUGGACUCCCAAGGCUACGGAUCCCACGAAGAACUUACUCGUAGGAAAACAUGCUUUUUUAAACAGAGAAUGUCCACUCACAAACUGUUUUGUGUCCUCCGAUAGACAAUUGUUAAAAGGUGUUGAAAACUAUGAUGUAAUAAUAUUCCACGGUCCAGAACUUAAAUAUAAUCAAUCACGUUUGCCUAAGUCACGUUUACCUCAUCAAAAGUAUAUCUUCAUGAGCAUGGAAUCUUCAGCUUAUUACCCAAUCUGCCACCCAAUGUAUAACAAUUAUUUUAAUUGGACUUGGACUUACAAGUUGAACUCGGACAAUUAUUUCGGUUACAUAGUAAUAAGGGAUAAGGAAGGGAAAGCUAUUGGUCCUAAGAAAGAGAUGCAUUGGAUGAAAGUUGAAGAUAUGAAGCCCAUAAAUGAUACGCUUAAAGCAAAAUUUGCUAAGAAAAAGUUUGCAGCCGCUUGGUUUGUGUCGAACUGUCGGGCUCCGAGUGGAAGGGACGCGGUAGCCAAAAAUCUGCAAGCUGAGCUAGCGAAGUUCAAUAUGACUGUUGAUAUAUUUGGUUCAUGUGGGAAGAUGAAAUGCCCGAGAGGUACGAGUGAGGAGUGUAGGCGGAUGAUAGAGACUGAUUACUAUUUCUACUUGUCGUUUGAAAACUCGAUGAGUGAGGACUAUGUGACGGAGAAAUUGUUGACGGCUCUGAAUAAUUAUGCCGUGCCAGUGGUGUUUGGUGGAGCUAAUUAUACGAGAUUCAUGCCCGAUGGUAUAUACUUGUCCAUAACCAAGAACACAGUCAGCGCGGUGGCGAAAAAAAUGGUGGAAAUUAUAAAUGACAAGGAGAAGUAUUAUGAGUAUUUCAAGUGGCAUAACCACUAUUCUUAUGGUGAUGGACAAGAAGCCCCCGAAACCGACCCUUACUGCAAUGUAUGCAAGUUAAUUAACGAUGACGAUAAAUUCUUUACAACUAGUGCUUACAAUAAUUUUGGUAAGUGGUGGAGCCCUCCGAGUAAAUGCCAUUAGUAUUUUGUGUUCUGAUUAAAAUGAUCAAAGAACA